UCAUGGAGAUGGUGACAAGGCGACACCGUACCUUGGAACGCGUGAUUUUGAUGUCAACAUUGGUACUAGGACAGGCAACGGGUACGGGCAGUUGAAGAAAGACUUGGAUAAGGCGGAACGGAUUAGGUUACCAGUGUGUUUAUACAAUCAAUUCUGGUCCCUGCAGCCUUACAUUUGGAAGAACUUUGUAAGGUCCCUGCAGCUUUUAUGUUUGGAAGAACUUUGUAAGUGA